CAGCAACCGAUAACACGCGCGUGUUUUUUUGCCGGCCACCAUAUCUAUGUGCGUUAUUUAGAAUAUUUUUAAUAAUAUCUUUAACUCGAGAUGAACACAAAAGCUAAUAUGAGUUACAGAGAGGUAAUACCGAAAAAUAUAAACCCAGAAGAAUGGAUCGAAGUCGAAAUAAAUACAGGCACACAAAGUACACUGCAGGAUAUUAAGACUUUUGGAAAGUCAGGCAGCUAUUGCUACAAUUUUCUUGCCAAUGGCCAAAACAGGAACCGAUUUAUAUAUUGGCGCACAUAUCAAGAUGUCGUGGAACUGUCCGAGGUCAGCCUGGAUAUUUCGCUUUUGAAAAACCAUCUUCGUCUACGCUUUACGGACUCCGCAGUGUUAAAUGUCUCGCUGUCCGAGCAGGCAAACACCGUCACCCUUCUGGUGGUCACCGUCAGUAGUGUGCAUCGGAUUGUCUUUCCACUGCAGAGCGAAGCAUCUACAGCCUGUGUUGCUCCGGCGGAUUCCCAAAGGAAUUCCAUUUUCUAUGAUGCAAACGCUAACAACUUGAAGGAUCGCAGCACAUUUUAUGUGCUUGACGGCACCAUGGCUAUUAGUGUGCCACAUCUCGCAGCUUCCGAUAUGUCCGAGAAUAGCCAGGAGGCAUAUUUCGCAGUUGACUACCAUUCAAAGCUUAUGCUUUAUAUUAUGAACUGUCGGACCGGCAGCACAAUUUCGCACGAAGUGAAAGAGUCCCAUUUAAUGCCGCGUUUUCUAACGAACUUAAAAGGCGCUCUAACUGGUCGAGGAGAACAUUUGGAGGGAGCUAUCUCCAUGGCUUUCAGUCGCAUUGACGGAGAGAUGUUUUUAUUGGUGCUCUAUCGGAAUAAUGAACUACGCUUGUGGUCGGUUUCCACUUUGCAAAGUGUUGCGUCUUAUAGCUGUACAGAGUCCCAAGGAGCUCAGGGCCCCCAAAACAGUUUGCUACGCAAAAUCGAUGAUCACAAUUUUUGUGUAUUUUUGUCGCACGAAAAGGACUCUGAAUUCGUUUGCUUUAGCAUCGUAUGCAAACUGAGCGACAUGAACACAAAAUCCGUGAGUCUAACUGUUCGCCAUAAGGUGCCAGCUCCGCAAAUGGAUUUGGCUGAUUUCGAUGCAACUUUCUCUCAUAUUUGGACGCUGUGGAGCAAUGCUGAGGGUGAUUUUAAUGUGUCGGCCAUUUUCUUGGAUGCCGACAGCUCAAUUAAAUGGGUGUCUGCGGCAUUGGAACCACCGCCGGAUCGUUACUGUCUUACCAUAGAGCAGGGCGUCGAUCCACGCGAAGCAUACUGUUCUUAUAUAUUUCAUCCGGGUCGAUUUGAUCGAAACGUGAUUGCUAAGGCACUUUAUAUGUUCAGACGCGUCAACAUGCAAUUCGAUAUAAAGCAACUGACAAUGGGCAUGCUUAAGGAGCAGGUCUGCCAGACAGUCGAAGAUGAGAUUCAAAAUGAACUGAAAGAUUUCGUUGUCAGCGACGAUGAAUAUUUAGAGAUUGCGACCAGGCUCUGGGAUCGUUUCUACUCCUGCUGUGAGCAAUACCACAUUAAGUUUUCCGAGCCGACAGGCCUGUCGGUUUUGGGCGCCAUGGAUGCUGUUUGUGUUAUCAGAAGGCAAUCGUUUGCAUUGCUCCGCCCGUGUGAAAUGCUGGAACACCUAAUGCUUGUUGGAGAGAACACAAGAGAUGUAGCUGAGUUUGUAGCGCCAUAUUGCCGAGAUGAUCUUGUGGCGGCCCACGGCUUUAUUGAACUAAUGGAGGUCGUCAAUCAAUUGGAAAAGUUUUUAAGCGAAGAUAUCAAAUUGGAGUUGGAUAAAAAAAUUUAUCAGAGGAAUGAUAGUGUGCUAACAAACUUGUUAGUUCAAAUCACCAAAGGCGAUGAUAACGAUGAUAACAAUGGCAUUAACCUAUCAACCGACUGCGUGGAGCAAAUAAGAAAAAAACUACAAUCGAUCAAUAUUGUGGAUGCAGCCAUUAAUAUGCUGCUUGAUUUACUCGCCAUUGUUGACGAAGAUGCUUAUCCAGGUUCUGCAGGCGGUCAAUCAAAAUCGACGCGCUUUUUGCAAUCAACUGGAGCGUUGUUUGGCAGCGAAUAUGGAAUUUCCAUUCUAGCCGAGACGGUCAAGCAAAUGGCACUGAUACGCUUUGCCGUUUGCCGCAACCUUUUAAUUCUGCAGUACAUACUGUAUGGCAAUGUUUCUAAGAGCGACUACACUAUUAUGACAAAUAUAAAUUUCUUGCACUCCUAUUACACACUUGUCUGGAUCUCUGAGACACCUAUUUCGCUGAACACGCCAGUUAACUUUGAGGUCUCGAUACAGCGUCUGACGCGUGCACAGCUCUUUAGUGGAUAUACGAGGCCAUACUCGAGCCAAAUACGUUUAAAUAACCAAACAACACUGCUGUGCUUGUUUCUGCAAUCAAAGGGUCUAUUUAGCGCCCUAUCGAUGCUGCUAAAGGAGCCCAAUUCAUUGGUGGAUCAGUUGUCAAUGCGCCAGACUCUACUACAGCUGGUUGGUUGCAUUAAUCAGAUGCUCUGGCCCGAGGCUUGGAAUGACGUGUUCCCAGAGUGGCUUUUUGGCACUUGCCAUCACAUUAUCAUUCAGGACUAUGAGCGCUUGCUGGCUGGUUGGUGUAGCGAGAAAGCUGAUUCGCGUAGCUUCAUGCUGGCAGUUUCCCUAUUAGAUUCCGGCGAGCCGCAAAAAGCUAUUCAUCUCUUCGAGCAAGUUCAGGAGAGUGUGCUUAAGGAACCACUUUUGUUUGAACAAGUGCUGAAGAACACACCGAUCUAUACCAAGCUUGCGGGCAUCCUUAGCAGACAGAAAGUUGUGCCAACAAAAGAAGAGGCCAAAGUCGCUUUGGUUCAUUAUUAUCUGAAAGUUAUUCAAUUAUUUGAACAACAUUCGGCUUUCGAUUAUAUCAUUCAGUUGGCCCACAUAGCUAUGAACAAACUGCAUGUAGACGAUCAGCAGUUGCCAAUGUUCCAAUCCAUAGUAUUUAACAACCAUUUGCAGCUGGGCCACUAUGAGGAGGCCUAUCAUGCUCUGGUCUAUAACGCAGACACAUCCCGGCGCAAGGAUUGUCUGCGUCAGUUAGUCAUAAUGUUGUUUCAGUGCAAACGCUUUGAUCUGCUAAUGCAAUUGCCUUAUAAUGGCCUGCAAGAGGAAUUUGAGAACAUUGUGGAAUCUCGUGCGCGCUCCUUGAGCAUCGAUCAGAACGAAGUGUAUAAUUUUCUAUAUGCAUUUCAUGCCAACAAAGGCAAUAUGCGCAAAGCUGCGACUGUUAUGUAUGAGCAGGCCAUGCGCCUUCAGGUGGACAGCGAUGCACCUGACGCGCUCCAAAAGCGCUGCUCCUCACUACUGGUCUGCAUAAAUUGCUUGUAUCUGGUCGAUAAUCGUUAUAGAUGGAUUGCCAAACCGACAAUUGGCGACGAGAAGGUGGCCACGGAUCAGGCUAAUAACGAGCAGCGCUCUCUGGAGGCUUACAAAACUCACGAAGUCGUUGUACUGGAGUUAACCGACAUACGACGUGAGCUGCUGCACGCGGAAGCCCUAAGAGAGCUUGCUCACCAUCGCAAAGAUGUGGCUGCCUAUGAAAUGGCUGGCGCCGAAGAGCUCUCCUACCUCUUGGCCACCUGUGGCCUAUACACAGCAGCAUUGAAGCUUGCACGGGGUCAUGCAUUCUCGGUGCUGCCAAUAUUUGAGAGUUUGGCAGCUGCAUGCGUUAGCACCACUGAGGAUAAGACUAAGGAUGCUUGGGCUUGGUUGCAGAACAAUGACUUAGCAGAUCUUGCACAUCGGAACAGUGCAGCUGACAUGGCUUGGUCAUUGCUGCAAAAGCUGGUUGUCGACAACGAGCUCAAUGAAUCAACUUCAAUACGUAAAUGUGUCGUCAACCGAAUACUCACUUUGAAUGCAUUUGUGCCACAAUGGCUGUACGAUUCCUACAAAUUGGCUAACUCUCGAGAGUUGCUCCAUCUGUUGGUGAAGCACAAUCGUUUGCUCGAUGCCGCCGAUUUGGCAUGUGAGAUGAUUGGCGGCAUGCUGGGGGCAGGCAGUGAAUAUUUCGACUUUAAGCAUUCGGUGAAUGUGACUAAUCCACAGCUCGCAUUUCCCAUCAAUACAAUUGAUCUGCUGCUGCACGGCUUGCAAGUAAAUGGCAGCAAACAUAUUGAAUACGAGAUGGCACAUAACAAGCUCGAGGAAGAAGUGGCCCGAUACAUUGAGACCGUCAAGCGCACCACGGAUGACAAAAUGAAGUUAGCCAUUCUAACGGACAGAGAAAAUCGACAGCAACAGCAAAUUUUUGGUUAAGCGCUCUGCAUGUAUUGAAUGGGCGUAAUAAAAACUAUAAUAUAAUAAUGUUAGAAA